GACACAUUUUACCCACAAUGCCCUUCGAAACUUCAGUCCAAAAUGGAGGAACUCUCAGUGGAAGUACUGGACGCGAACGGUGCACAUUUCAAGGCAUUUAUCAAGAACAUUCACGACAAUGAGGUCACAGUAGCUUUUGAAAACAAUUGGUCCCCCGAGAGGCGCGUUCCCUUUGCGGACGUUCGUCUUCCCCCUCCCCCGUCUACCGAUGAUGUAAACGACUUGAAGGCCGGAGAUGAAGUCGAGGUUUAUUCUCGAGCCUACGAAGGCGAGCCCGGAGGAUGGUGGCAUGCCAAGAUACAGAUGAUCAAAGGGGAGUUCUACGUCUUAGAGUACAUCGGAUAUGAUGCUACUUACAAUGAAAUCGUCCAGCUGGAUAGACUGCGCUAUCCAAACAAACAGCCAAGCUUGAGUGCAGACACCUUUCACAAGGUGGCCAUCUCAGUACCAGCAGACAUCAGAGAAUAUGCCAAGGACCCGAAGCAUCACCAAGACUUUCUCAAGUCCACUGGGGCGAUAGCCAUCGUCUACGAUGAGGACAUCGAAUCGCUGCUCGUCUUCGGCACGUCAGCGUCCCUGAUGCGGCGGGCUGAGCUCCUCAGCGAUAUGCACUUCCGCAGCAUCCGUGAGAAGAUGCUGAUGAUGGGCCGGGCUGAGGAGGCCGCCCAGCAGCUGGAAUCCACCCGCAACCAGCUGGAAGGCUGUCUGGAGGAGUUCAGCGUCAGUGAGGACCUGAUGGGAUUGGCCAUCGGGGCCCACGGGGCCAACAUCCAGGCCGCCCGACGGAUCGUAGGGGUCCGACGCAUCGAUCUGGACGAGGAUACCUGUACCUUUAGGAUAUACGGAGAGCUGGAUGCUAUACGGCAAGCCCGCAGUAUGUUAGAAUUUGGGGAGGAAGUUUGCGAGGUGCCCAGGAGUGUUAUAGGCAAGGUCAUCGGCAAAAAUGGGCGGGUCAUCCAGGAGAUAGUGGACAAGUCCGGCGUGGUCCGGGUGAAGAUCAAGGGGGACAACGAGCGGGAAACCGCCACGGACAACAACCUGGUACCGUUCAUGUUUGUGGGUACGAAAGAGAACAUCGUCAACGCCCGCGUAUUCCUGGAGUAUCAUCUGGCUCACUUGAAGGACAUGGAAGAGUUGCGCAUUCAACGCCUUCAGAUUGACCAGCAGCUGCGUAACUUCAGCGGGGGCUAUGUCCCCGGCGCUUACUUCCCCCCGCCUAGGGACCGCAACGAUAGGGGCUAUGGCUCGGACUUAUCGGAGGACAGUGGGGGUGGGCGGGGCCGCAGGGGGCGUGGCCGGGGUAGAGGAGGAGCCAGAGGGGGCAGUAGGGGUGGGCCAAGAGGGGGCCUGAACAGUUCAGGGCGGGGUCGCAGCCCCUCAGAUCAGGACAUGGCGUCGGGCGAGGACGGGGCGCGGUCCAGCGACUGGGCGGAGCAGGUCCUGCAGGAUGACAAGGACCGUCGGCGGGAGGGCGGGACCUACACUUCAAGAAGUGGAGCCUCAAGAGGCGGAUCCUCAAGGGGGGGAUCCUCAAGGGGCGGGGCCUCGAGGGGUGGGUAUCCACCCAGAGGCGGGGCCUCCAACAGAGGGCGGGGCAGGUCAACACAGGGUCGCGGCCGAGGCAGAGGGGGCUACGAUGGGCCUCGCAAUGGUACACCCCCCUCGGAGACGGAUGAGGAUAGUUACCGUGACAACCGUCGCCGUCGGAACGACGAGGAAGAGACACUCUUGGAAGACACGACGGUUGACGAUGACACCAAUAACACAGAGAAGGAAGAUGAUGGGAGAAGAAACAAGCGUCGGCCCCGUAGACGCAAGAACAGAGGCCGGGGAGGCAGUGAAAACGGCGACGGUUUCCACGAGAGCUACGCCGACGAUACCGACAAUAGCAAAGCCAGCUCUCCGAUGCCCAGAAGGCGUUUUGGGGGCAGCCAGCGGGGCGCCAGCAACGCACAGGGUAGGGGCACCGGCGGAGCGGGCGACGCGUCCGAACGACGCGAAGGCGCGUCCGAGCGACGCGAAGUCAACGGCGAUAGUAGCGGUAAACCGGCAAAUGCUAGCAACAGCUCGACAACGAGGGCGCCGUCAUCAAACGGACCCAAGGAGCAGCGGGACGCGAGGGGGCCGAGAAAUCGUCGGCCCCCGCCGGGGAACCAGACCCGGCCGACGGCGAAAUCCGGCAGCGACGAUGCAACUCAAAGUAAAGGCGCGGCCGCCACCAAGUCUGCCCCUCCUCCCCCUCCUCCUCCUGCUGAAAGUAAGGAGUCCCCCCAGCUGGUCAAUGGUAGGGCCUGAACUUUCACCUUUGUGUGGCGCGAUGAUGCACUCAAAGGUUCACUGGCCGAUACCACUAUCACAAAACCGGGGGAGAUAUGCCAUGUAACUUAAAAUGAGAGGGUGUGUUAAAUAAUUAGUGUGUGUGUUCAAAACUUUCGAUAAAGAAAGACUAAAGAAAAAAAUAACCUGCCUUAUCGUACUGGCCAAAGUAAUUUAAAUGUUCUUUGGGGCAAGCAUGAACAAAAUAUGCUGUAAUCCUUUAAAGUUUCACUUGUUUCAAGUACAAAAAUUUAAAGGCUUUAAAAAAUUAAAUUGAAAUCUAGGAUUUAAAAUAGUUGACAAUUAAACUCUUAUCCCUAGCAUGCUGAAUUCCCUUUUUUUUACCACUUUCAAAAAAAAAAGAUAUAAAUUACAAAAAAAAACACCGCUGUAGCCCUCUCUUUCACCAAAGAAAUGUAAAGUUUUAGUUCAAUUAUUUAAAUGUGAAACAUUCACAUAGAGUCCUGUAGCUAGCGCCUUUUCUGUUUGCUUAGCUAAUAAGACAGUGCAAUACCUCGAUAGUAUGGUGAAGUGUCUUACGUUAAUAUUUCCCCCUUUAUUUGGCCAGGGGUUGCAUUAUUUAGGAUUACGCAUCUUGGAAAAUGAUUUCAAAAAGCUGUGAUAAAUUUAGUGAUCUUAAUACUUAAAAAAUGUCAGACUUUUAUUGCUCAAACUGUACACCAGUUUCACGAACGUUAGUGUUGCCUGUCGACAGAGGGCGCUGUUUGUUGUCAACAGAGGGCGCUUUAAAACACCUGAUCUCCAAAUCCUUAGAGUGCUCUCAUGUAAAAAAAAAAAUGUGAGAAACGGUGGGUAAAAAGAAAACAAAUAGCCCUCUGUAGUUUUGCAGUUUGAAACACUGAAGGCUUUGCUUGUAUUAAGCUUGUAAAAAAUGCAUUUAUAAAGCACUUUGCACUACGAGACUUUUUCAGUAUGAAGUCAGAAAUGAGACAAUUGGGGGAAAAACUGUAAAAAUUAAUAGAAAAUUGAAAAUAACUUCACAAAUUCUUUGUAUCACUCGGCAACUUUAUUUUUCUGUUGAUACAGACUUUUUUUUUUAAUUGUUAAAAAAUUCACGUUUGUCUUUUCGAUAAAAUAACCAAUGUAUAAAAUAGACAACUGUAUCUCUCAAUGUAAUAAAGUACAGAAAGGAAUGUUUCUUGUAACUGCUACAAGUGUGGAAUGCACUUAAGAUAAUAAAAAAAAUACAAAAGAACAACAAAAAAAUUGGGAAAAAAAGCAUAAUGAACCAUUGUUAUAACAAUAACUAGCUAUGAAAAAAAGACAACGAAAAACGGAGCCUGUGAUGACUGCAAUAUAUUUCUCAUCUCAGUUUUCCGUACCAUCAUUCAUAAUCAGUACUUUGUUUAUUUUUAUUGUAAUUGACAAUACUUUAAGUUGUUCAAAAACUCAGUACAGCCCCACAAAAAAAAUGGAAAAAAAAUACACUUCACUUUCUUCAGUACCAACAAAAUUGAAAUGCAUUUGAAAAAAAAAAAAAUGCAAGCUUGAUUUUUCCCUUAAUUUUCCGUAGGAAAUCUUGAUAUUUUGAACUCAUCGUCGUACAGUUUUUUUCCACUUGUUCUUUGUAAGUGUCUUAAAAUGAGUAUUUAUCCGAGUAUGAAAAAAAAAAAAGACUUGCAAUUUAAACAAAUACCGUGUGUGUACAGUUGUAUAUAGUCUGCUACUGGGGUUCCUAUCCAGUGCAUGUACCUUAAAAAGAUUUAACUAUGCAAGCAUUUUCAUCGUUCCUUUUCCCUGUCGAGUUUGAAAAAAAAAUAGAAAUCGUAGUUUAAAAGAAAUCAAAGUUAGCCUUUUUCUUGGUCCAGUACUGGAUAUGGUAGUUUUUUUAGCAUUCGAGGGUAGCGUACAGAGCAGAUAAGUGAGUAAAAAUGCAUCGUAAACUUAGACGUGCGUAGAUGAGGCACAGUUCUUAUUGGGGGCGGGGCUAUCCAUGCAAAUGAGUUACUGGUCUGGCCCUGCCCCUUUUUUUCGUUUAGUAGUGGCCAGGGGGAAAAAACUGAAAAUAUCUCUAAUUUUCAAAAAAGUAUUGAGAUUUAGGAUCUUGAUCUGCUAUUAGCCCAAUUUUUUUUGGCGAGAUUUUUGCCUUUUUCAGUACUGUAGAUCCAAGUCUCUAGUACUCAUCGUGGGACCCGAAGUUCCUAUUUUUACAGAUAAGAAUUGGUCGUUGGUUUUAGCGAACGGUGUGAAAAUAUUUUUGAGUAGUCUGGAAGCCUCCUGGCAGAAUGCCAAGGAGUUACGGUUAAUAGCUUGCAUUCCCCCUCCCCCUACCCCCACCUCUCUCACCCCACCUACCUGCCCCCACCCCACCCCCCACCCCAUACAAGGUCACAAACUGUGCCAAAACAAUCAAUAUCUGGGGAAACUAAUUGUGUGAGAUACCCCCCCCCCCCCCAAAUUUGACAACAGUUUGUGUUUCUUGGUCAAGGACGACCUGUGAUGAUAUUUGUAAAAGUUGUCUGGGGAGAAUAAUUUAAAAAGUACUAUUCCCAUAGUGUUAACAACUAGUUUACGUGUAUACAUUUCAUCAACAUGGUUACCCCAUUCACAGACAUAUAGACGGGAGAGUUUUAAAAGAGGUUCAUAUAUUCAUAUCUACAGGUGUGACGUAACUGUAGUAACAAUUUCGUCCUCUAGACUGAUUUUGUGUGAUCUGCUCACACGCUGUGGUUUCAUUUUGUGGGAGGAAGAAAAAAGUCCUAAUUUUCGUGGUACUCAAAAAUACAUCCAGCAGCCAUUUAUCAAGGUUUUUGUCUUCUUUUUUAUUUUUAAAUCAGUACUUUCACAGAAAAACAAGUGUCUUUUAGUACAAGUAAAUGGCAAGGAUGUUUUGGAAUUUCCCAUCUGAAAUGAUUAGGUUUCAUGUGCUGGGAAUGUAUUGGACACAUUUUUCUUUUGUUUAAAAAAAGUACUUGUAAUGAGCUGCAGAUUUAUAUACACGUUUGGCUUAGCACACUGUAAAAAAAAAAACACUAACAAAAAUUAUUAAAUGAACUCUCGACAAAAAAGAAAAAUCCAAGGAUUUUUGUGUGUGGUAUCAGUGCGUUGUAAAGAAGUGAUAUGUCUUUGUAUUCAACUUGUUUUUGUUUCUGUUCGGUUUUGACGAUUUUUUUUUUUAGUUUGUGCAGAAGUUUAAUUAAUUGUGUUUGUACAGGUUCCAAAGUUAGGGUAGUACUUGGAUUAUUUAUAUUAAAACAAAGAAGAAUAUUGCUUCAUUGUUUUGAAGGAAACCUCUUAAUUAGUUGUAGGCAGCAAAUACUUGGAUCCAGAACGAAAAAAUACAUGUACUGUACGUUAUUUUGAGGUUUUGCGUAAGUGUUGACAAAAGAUUUACUUUCGUUUUCUAUUUGUAAGCAUAAUUUCUAAGAAACUUGUAAACCUUAAUUUUUUUCCAGUUCAUUUUUGGUUUUGCAUCUGUAAAAUACCUGAACUUAAUACUGUAAAUACCGAAACAUUGUAGCACAAGUUAAGUACAAUUUAGGGGUUAUUUUGUUCAAAAGGUUGCAUAUUUGGUAGACUUAAUUCUUAAGCCGAAGUCAACAUUUUGCAUGCCAAAUGUACAAUGUAUUCAGCAUCUUGUAAAUACAAAACAGAAAAAAAAAAGAACAGUUAAAAAAAAAAGCAAUAUUUCGUUGUCGGUCACAGAGGUGGUUGUUGCCAUUGUUAAAGACAAUUUCAGUUUUGUUUAUGUUUUUUGUUUGAUUGAUAUAAUUCAAUGUUACAAUUUUACUAAAUUUUCUGACUUCCUCUUUCCAGCUGUAGUUAAUAAUGUACCAAUUUAAAAUGAGGAAUUAGUCCGGCUGCUUGAGAACUUGCUUGUGUCUACAAAUUGGACGGAUGAUUUUUGUUGUGUCAAGGAUGAUUUUCAUAUUUUUGAUUUUUCUGUAAAACUGUACUCUUGGUAAAACCUGUACUAUUCGUAUGCAGAACUCUGUCCAGUUUCUUCCCAUUUCUAAAGCCUGGGUUCAUUGCAGCUUUGGCUACGGACACGAGUUUCACGUUUUGUGACCCCAUUUUAGAGAUUUCGCGUAAUUUAAAGGGAAAAAAGUAUAAGCUGAAUUGUUGCGGUCGUUUAUGCCGACUCCCCUAUUGUUUGCUGCAUAUCAAGUUUUUACAUUUUUUUUCCCAGAUCGUAAAAUUUGUCUAACAAGUACAAGAAACAAGAUUGAUUGUAUUUGAGUUUUCGGUGCAAGAGAACGUAAAACUUGCUUGCCUGAUAUCUGUGAUUUGACAAUGAUACGGUUGACUGUUGCCGUUUCCUGUAUUUCUUGAGUUUUAAAACAGUUGUGCAAAAUGCGUUUCAAGGGAAAGGUGACGAUGUCUCGAAGAGAAUUUUGAUUUUUGUUUGUGAUUUUUAGAAUAGGAGAGUAGAUGAAAAUGAAACCUUAUUGACUAUUGAUAGGGCGCCAUUAUUUCCUGUAGGUGUUCUUAAACAAAUUAAUAAAAAAAAAAUGGGCAACAGAGA